CACCCUCCACCAUUCCUCACCUCAAAACUCAUUCCCUCAAUUACUUUCUCUCUUGCUAACUUUACUUCUCUUCUCAGCACAACACAAACACAAACAACCCUUCUCAUUCACAAUGCAUUUCCAAACAGCAUCAUGGGGAAGCUACAUGUCACCCCGGACCACCGCCAUGGUGAUGUCUGGCGGCGGUGACCCACUGGAGCGCGUGGAGCGUCUGGCAUCAGAGAGCGCGGUGGUGAUAUUCAGCGUGAGCACGUGCUGCAUGUGCCAUGCCAUCAAGAGGCUCUUCUGCGGAAUGGGAGUGAAUCCAACGGUCCACGAGCUCGACGAGGAUCCAAGAGGAAAAGACAUGGAGAGAGCAUUGAUGAGGCUUCUUGGCACCUCCUCCGUCGUCCCCGUCGUCUUCAUCGGCGGCAAGCUCGUCGGAACCAUGGACAGAGUCAUGGCUUGCCACAUCAAUGGCACUCUGGUCCCUCUCCUCAAAGAAGCUGGUGCUCUCUGGCUCUGAAGAACAAAACGGCACCGUUUUAAGCAUAAAAAAAAAGAGUUUUUCUUUUUCUUUUUUUCCUUUUUUUUUCUUUUUUUUAUUUUUCAUCUCCAACCAACAGUGUUAUUACUAUCACUCACUCUUCACUUACUGCUACUACUAUUUACUACUAGUACUUGAGGAGGAGGAAGAGGAAAGGGAAGUGGUCUUUUUGUGAGUCUCUUCCAUUCCAUUUUGCUGACUUUGUUAUCAAUCACUUUUAAUGGCUCAUCUUGUCUCUUUUUUUUCUUGGGUUGUAUUUGCUGCCUAUUUGUCAUGGUUUGUUUUUGUGCUUUCCCUGGUCUCCAUUGUAAAGAUAGACAUGCUUAAUGGAAAAGGAAAAAAAAGAGCUAAUUUUACUGUUUCA